AUUUAAAAAAUUAAUGAAGUUUUGGUGGCAACAGAUAGUUUAUAUUCUGAUUCUCCCUCGCCUUCAUCGGUGUGUUGUUAAUGAAUAAUGAUUAUAUUGCACCGGUUAAUUAAAAUAUAUGUAGCCUAAUGUUUCCGUGAAGCAAAAUGGCAUCUAAUAUUUAUUCUUUCUGCAAACAAAUACAUCCUCCAACUGGAGUAGAACAUUGCCUCUAUUGCAAUUUUUACAAUUCUAAAGAGCAAAAUUUAAUCAUUGCUAGUGCAUCAGUGUUACGAAUAUACAGAUUAACGCCUGAAGCUGAGAUACCUCUAGUUGGAGAACCUAAAUUAAAAUUAGAAUGUGUGCAAGUAUUUCCUUUACUUGGAAAUGUGAUGUCUAUGCAGUCCGUGAGGCUAGCAGGGUCGCCAAGAGAAGCUCUUCUUCUUAGUUUCAGAGAAUCUAAAUUGUCAUUAGUUGAAUAUGAUCCUUGCACACAUGAUUUAAAAACCUUAUCCUUACAUUAUUUUGAAGAUGAAGACAUGAAGGCUGGUGCAAACCAUCAUCCUUACAUUCCUUUUGUGAGAGUUGAUCCUGAUGGACGUUGUGCUGCAAUGGUAUGUUAUGAGAGAAGUAUCGUUAUUCUUCCAUUUCGAAAAGAAAAUAUUUCAGAAGAGCAAGAGCCGUCUUCCUCUAGCACACAUAUUGCACCUGGCCUCAAAACUCCAGUCCUUGCUUCAUAUACUAUUAAAUUAUGUGAUAUAGACGAAAAAGUUAAUAACAUCAAGGACAUGCAGUUUCUUCAAGGUUAUUAUGAACCCACUCUUCUUUUAUUAUACGAACCUCUGAGGACAUGGCCUGGUCGAGUUGCAGUUCGUCAAGAUACAUGCUGCAUAUUGGCUUUAUCAUUAAAUAUAAAUCAAAAGGUUCACCCUGUAAUUUGGUCUCUUAGUGGUCUACCUUUUGAUUGUCAGUAUGCCAUGGCUGUGCCAAAACCUAUUGGAGGAGUCCUUUUAGUUGCUGUAAAUUCAUUACUUUAUCUUAACCAAAGUGUUCCUCCAUAUGGUGUUUCAAUGAAUAGUUUUACAGAUUUUAGCACAUCAUUUCCAUUGAAACCUCAAGAAGGACUCAAACUUGCCUUAGAUUGUUCCUCAGCAGCAUUUAUUUCUUAUGAUAAGAUAGUAAUUUCUCUUAAAGGUGGUGAGCUCUAUGUAUUGACAAUGUUUAAUGAUGGAAUGAGAAGUGUAAGAGGAUUUAAUUUUGACAGAGCGGCUUCCAGUGUUAUUACUACAUGUAUGUGUGUCUGUGAUGAUGGCUAUUUAUUCCUUGGAUCACGUUUAGGAAAUUCCCUUCUGUUAAGGUAUACUGAAAAGGUGGAUAAUAAUAAUAUUAUGGAUGUGGAUAUUGGAAUCAGAACAGACAUGCUAAGACAAAGUACUGAAGAUAAACAAAGUGAAGAAAUUACUGAAGAAUCUGCUGCUAAAAAAGCACGUUUAGAUACAAUGGAUGAUUGGAUGGCAUCUGAUGUGGCAUUGAUUCAAGAUCCGGAAGAGUUAGAAGUAUAUGGAGACGAUUCCCAAACAACGAAGCAAUUAACAUCUUAUUCUUUUGAAGUCUGUGACAGCUUGCUAAAUGUGGGUCCAUGCGGUAAAAUUUGUAUGGGAGAGCCUGCAUUUUUAUCUGAAGAGUUCUCUGGAAAUGAUGAUCCUGAUCUUGAGUUGGUUACAACUUCUGGUUAUGGAAAAAAUGGAGCACUUUCUAUCAUCCAAAGGUCAGUUCGACCUCAAGUUGUUACAACGUUUGAAUUACCUGGUUGUGUUGACAUGUGGACUGUUGUUGGUCCUAUUAUUCAGGAAUCACAGAAAAUUGAAGAAAAAACAGCAGAAGUGAAAGAAGAGGAUAGUGAAGAAAAUUUAAACAAGAGUGCACAACCUCUUAAAGAUUCACAUGCUUUUCUCAUACUUAGCAGAAAUGAUAGCAGCAUGAUUUUACAAACUGGUCAGGAAAUAAAUGAAUUAGAUCAUAGUGGCUUCAGUACUCAAGCGCCAACUAUAUUUGCUGGAAAUCUUGGCAGCAACAAGUUUAUUGUGCAAGUGUCACAGAUGGGUGUACGUUUACUGUUAGGAUCACGCCAAGUACAACAUAUUCCUCUAGAUGUUGGAUCUCCUAUAAUUUGGGCAUCUGUUUCUGAUCCAUAUGUUGUAAUCAUGAGUGCAGAAGGUACAGUAGUACAGUUAAUGCUAAGAUCUGAUGAUUUCGGCACUGGUUCACGGCUAGCAGUAUCUAGACCUCAACUGGCACAAGUGAAAUCCAAAGUUUGCACUCUAUGCGUUUAUAAGGACGUGAGUGGUGUAUUCAGUACUAUCCCAAGAAGUACUGAAGAAGAAACCAAGUCUCAACCAAAGCAAAGUGCGCCCGCUGUAAACAUUGAUGAUGUCAUGAAAAUGAAUCCUGAAGCUGUUGAUGAUGAAGAUGCUUUAUUGUAUGGUGAACCUGCUCUUUCAAAUGAAAAAUCGAUUGAUGAAGUUAGGAUACCCCAAAAGAAAACUAAACCUAAAAUUGAAGUUAAAGACAUUAAACCUACAUUUUGGUUGUUUAUUGUGAGGGAGAAUGGAGUUUUAGAAGUUUAUUGCUUACCUAGCUAUAAACUGUGUUAUUUAGUUAAAAAUUUUCCAAUGGGUCAGAAAUAUCUAGUGGACAGUGGUCAAGCAUCCACAACUAUUUCAAGUAUCACGUCCGACAAAGCUACUGAAAAACAACAUGAAGCAUUGCCUCUUAUACGUGAAAUACUUGUUGUUGGCUUAGGAAUUAGAUCCUCAAGGCCUAUGUUGUUGGCUCGUGCUGAUGAAGAUUUAUUGAUAUAUGAAGCCUUUCCAUUUUAUGAAACUCAAGUUGAAAACCACCUCAAGCUGAGAUUUAGAAAGCUGAAUCAUGACAUCAUAACUAGAGAAAGAAAGUUGUUCAAACCUAAAAAAACAGAUGAUGAUGAUAAGCCAGUUGACCACAAUCGACGGUGGUUGCGAUAUUUUGCAGAUAUUUCUGGCUACAGUGGUGUUUUUGUUUGUGGAAAUGUUCCUCAUUGGCUAUUUUUAACAGUACAUGGUGAACUCAGAAUGCAUCCAAUGAGUGUUGAUGGCACUGUUACUUGCUUUGCACCUUUUCACAAUGUAAACUGCCCUAAGGGAUUUCUUUAUUUCAAUAAACAGGGUGAACUCAGAAUUUGUGUUUUGCCUACCCAUUUGAAUUAUGAUGCUCCCUGGCCUGUUCGUAAAGUGCCUUUGCGUUGUACACCUCAUUUCAUCAACUAUCAUCCAGAAACUAAAACAUAUUCCAUUGUGACAAGUAACAUGGAGACUUGUACAAAACUUGUACGUUUUAAUGGAGAUGAAAAAGAAUAUGAAAUGAUUGAAAGAACGGAUGAGCGCUACAUGUAUCCUUUGACUGAAAGAUUUUCCAUGCAACUGUUUUCACCUGUGAGUUGGGAGGCGAUACCCAACACUCUCAUGGAAUUGGAAGAGUGGGAACAUGCCACUUGUGUUAAAAACGUUCUGCUGGCUUCAGAAGGUACUCGAAGUGGCUUAAAAGGUUAUUUGGCUAUGGGAACAAGCUAUAACUAUGGUGAAGAUGUCACCAGCAGAGGAAGGAUAUUUAUCUUAGAUAUCAUUGAAGUUGUUCCUGAACCUGGGCAACCACUAACGAAAAAUAAAAUGAAGACUGUUUAUUGUAAAGAACAGAAAGGCCCAGUCACUGCUUUAUGUCAAGUUUCAGGUUUCCUGUUGAGUGCUAUUGGCCAAAAAAUUUAUAUAUGGCAGCUGAAAGACAAUGAUUUAAUUGGAGUUGCUUUUAUUGAUACUCAGUGCUACAUUCACACAGCUAUAUCUUUGAAAAAUUUAAUUAUUGUUGCUGAUGUAUAUAAAUCUAUAUCUUUGCUGCGUUACCAAGAAAAAAGUCGUACUUUGUCUCUUGUUAGCAGAGAUGUAAAGCCUCUAGAAGUUUACAGUGUUGAAUUUCUUAUUGAUAACAACCAAGUUGGAUUUUUGGUUUCUGAUGUGGAGAAAAACUUAAUAUUAUUCAUGUAUUGUCCUGAAGCAAGGGAAAGUUUUGGGGGUUCAAAACUUCUUCGCAAAGCAGAUAUACAUGCUGGUUAUCAUAUAAAUUCAUUUUUUAGGAUUCGAUGUCGUAUAGGUGAACUAUCCAACUAUGAUAAAAGACAAGCAAAUCUCUUAGAAAAGAGACAUGUCACAAUGUUUGCUACUUUAGAUGGUGGAUUAGGGUAUGUGUUACCCAUUCCUGAAAAGACUUACAGACGAUUACUUAUGUUGCAAAAUGUUUUAGUUACUCACAUUCCACAUACUGCUGGAUUAAAUCCAAAAGGCUUCAGGAUGUUUAAAAGUCAGAGAAAAUUGUUACAAAAUCCACAUAAAAAUAUUUUGGAUGGAGAUUUGCUGUCUAUGUUUCUCAAUCUAUCGAUCUUGGAGAAAACAGAAGUUUCUAAAAGAAUUGGUACUUCAUCUGAUCAGAUAAUUGAAGAUCUUCUUGAAAUUCAUCAGAGCACAUCAUAUUUUUAAAAAUGCUUUUAUUAUGAAGAACGACAAGUACUUAUUUUUAUAAACUCAUUUUAUGUUUUCUGCAUAUCUUGAUGCGUCUUCCCCUUUAUCUUACAAACCUUCGUUUUUUUGCAUUUCUGUUUCGCAGUGUUUACAGUGGACUUUAUUAUUUAUUAAGCAUUGUCAUAGAAAAAAUGUGUUUUUUUGUUACGUUGUACAUAUUAUUUUUAUAGUAAAAAUUUCAUCUGUCUGAUA